AUGGGCCGUAUUCUUGGUACAGGGAGCCUUGUGACCCCCAGUUAUGACGCCACCAACAUUUCAGAACAGCAAGUCAAGCCGCCGCAGCUAGGCCGUGCUGGGAUGACGCUAGACAAGAACCGACUGGGAGGAUCUGCCAAGAUCUUACAGGACCCGGCGAGAUAUGGGACGGAUCUGGAAAAGUCACAUUUCCCGAGGGUGGUGGAGUCGGUGGAGCCGGUGGAGCCAGUUGGAGUCAGUGGCCUCCUCAGUGGCCUCAUUGGCCUGUAG